GAAGCCCUCACCCAUCUUACAAAAUUUCAAUCCCAACCAAACCAUAUUGCGAGCUCCCCAAUUUGGCUCUCUCGGUUAGAUAUAGCACCACAACCCACUGAUCCAUUUUUGCAGUUUUAAUUACGGAGUAUUUAUCAGAUUCAUACGGAAUUUCUUCGAUCCCGACUCAUAUCAAAUGCACCGUCCCUCUCAGAUCUGACUUCACCCCGGUAUCAACAUUCAAUCUAAGGAUUCAGAUUUGCGCAGCCUGGAGAUGAUGCUGACGAAGUUCGAGACGAAGAGCAAUCGGGUCAAGGGGCUGAGUUUCCACAGCAAGCGGCCAUGGAUCCUGGCCAGUCUCCACAGUGGCGUGAUCCAGCUCUGGGACUACCGGAUGGGCACCCUCAUUGAUCGCUUCGACGAGCACGAUGGACCCGUUAGGGGCGUUCAUUUUCACAACUCCCAGCCCCUAUUCGUAUCUGGAGGCGAUGAUUAUAAAAUCAAGGUAUGGAAUUACAAGCAGCAUAGGUGUUUGUUCACUCUCCUUGGCCAUCUUGAUUACAUUCGAACCGUUCAAUUUCACCAUGAAUCCCCCUGGAUUGUUAGUUCAAGCGAUGAUCAGACAAUUAGGAUAUGGAAUUGGCAAUCUCGAACUUGCAUUUCUGUCUUGACGGGUCACAACCAUUAUGUGAUGUGUGCCUCAUUUCAUCCCAAAGAAGACUUGGUUGUGUCAGCAUCUUUGGAUCAGACAAUUCGGGUCUGGGAUAUUGGUGCCCUGAGAAAGAAAUCAGUUUCGCCUGCUGAUGACAUACUGCGGUUAAGUCAAAUGAACACAGAUUUUUUUGGUGGGGUUGAUGCUGUGGUGAAGUAUGUGUUAGAGGGCCAUGAUAGAGGUGUUAAUUGGGCAUCAUUUCAUCCAACACUCCCCUUGAUUGUUUCUGGUGCAGAUGAUCGCCAAGUGAAAAUUUGGCGAAUGAAUGAUACCAAAGCUUGGGAGGUGGACACAUUAAGGGGCCACAUGAACAAUGUUUCCUGUGUUCUAUUUCAUCCCAGACAAGACAUUAUCGUCUCCAAUUCAGAGGACAAGAGCGUCCGUGUAUGGGACGCUACAAAAAGGACUGGUCUCCAGACUUUCCGAAGGGAGCAUGACAGGUAUUGGAUCCUUGCAUCCCACCCAGAGAUAAACCUAUUAGCAGCUGGUCAUGACAGUGGGAUGGUAGUAUUCAAGCUGGAGAGAGAACGCCCUGCUUUUUCUGUCAGUGGUGAUUCUCUGUUUUAUGUGAAAGACCGCUUUCUCCGAGUCUACGAGUAUUCAACUCAGAAAGACACACAGUUGAUACCCAUUCGUAGGCCUGGUUCAAGCAGCUUGUUGAAUCAAAGCCCACGAACCCUCUCCUACAGUCCCAGUGAAAAUGCUGUAUUGAUAUGCUCAGAUGUGGAUGGGGGUUCUUAUGAAUUGUAUAUUGUUCCUAAAGAUGGUUCCGGGAGGGGUGAUACAGUCCAAGAUGCAAAAAGAGGAGCAGUUGGGGGAUCAGCAAUUUUUGUUGCCCGAAACAGGUUUGCUGUUCUUGAGAAGAGUACCAACCAGGUUCUUGUCAAGAAUCUUAAAAAUGAAAUUGUCAAGAAAAGUGUUCUCCCUAUGGCGACCGAUGCGAUAUUUUAUGCCGGCACUGGAAAUUUACUUUGUAGGGCAGAGGACAGGGUGAUGAUCUUUGAUCUUCAACAGAGAAUCGUUCUUGGAGAUCUUCAAACCCCUUUUGUUAGGUACAUUGUUUGGUCACAAGAAAUGGAGUCUGUUGCCUUGCUCAGCAAACACUGUAUUGUUAUAGCUGAUAAGAAGCUUUCGCAGCGAUGCACCCUUCAUGAGACCAUUCGUGUCAAGAGUGGAGCCUGGGAUGACAAUGGGGUUUUCAUAUACACAACCCUAACCCACAUCAAGUAUUGUCUUCCCAAUGGGGACAAUGGGAUCAUCAAGACCCUAGAUGUACCAGUCUAUAUUACUAAAAUCUAUGGAAACACCAUCUUUUGUUUGGACAGGGAUGGGAAGAACCGGCCAAUCAUCAUUGAUUCGACUGAGUACGUUUUCAAGCUCUCCUUGUUGAGAAAGAGAUACGACCACGUAAUGAGCAUGAUAAGGAACUCAGAACUGUGUGGGAAAGCCAUGAUUGCAUAUCUUCAGCAGAAGGGGUUUCCAGAGGUGGCCCUCCAUUUCGUGAAAGACGAGCGGGUCCGCUUCAACUUAGCAUUGGAAAGUGGAAAUAUAGAGAUCGCACUUGAAUCCGCCAAAAAGAUAGACGAGAAAGACCACUGGUAUAGGCUCGGGGUGGAGGCCCUCCGGCAAGGGAAUGCCGGCAUCGUCGAAUAUGCUUACCAGAAGACAAAGAACUUUGAGAGGCUGUCGUUUCUCUAUCUCAUAACCGGGAACCUGGAGAAGUUAUCCAAAAUGAUGAGGAUUGCUGAGGUUGAGAAUGAAGUGAUGGGUCAGUUUCACAAUGCUUUGUACCUUGGAGACAUUCGCGAACGUGUCAAGAUUCUGGAAAAAACCGGUCAUCUCCCCCUUGCUUACCUCUCUGCGUCGGUCCAUGGGCUCAGUGAUGUAGCCGAGCUUCUUGCUUCAAAACUCGGCGACGAUAAUGUCCCUUCUUUGACAACUAAGCAGAAAGAGACACACUCUCUCUUGUUGCCUCCUAUUCCUAUUUCCAGUCAUGGUGGAGAUUGGCCUUUGCUGAUGACCUCCAAAGGUAUAUUUGAAGGUUCACUACUACUAAACAAUAGAGAUGGUGGGGGGGAUGAUAUAGAGGUAGACGACGACGGGGAGGGUAAUUGGGGGGAGACAUUGGAUGUCGUCGGUGAUGAUGUCAGCGUCGUUCCGGAUGAAGAAGCCAGAGAAGGUGAAGGAGAAAACGAAGACGGCGGGUGGGACCUAGAGGAUCUGGACCUACCACCCGCCGAAGCCGACACGCCAAAGAACACCCCCAACUCCGCCACGCGUUCUGCCUUUGCGGUCCCCACUCCCGGAAUGCCCGUGACCCAGAUCUGGGCACACAAGUCUUCCCUCGCCGCCGAACACGUCGCCGCCGGCGACUUCGACACGGCAAUGCGGCUACUGAACCGACAACUAGGGAUCAGAAACUUCGUCCCGCUAAAGCAAUCGUUCAUCGACCUUCAUUCGGGCAGCCACACCUACUCCCUCGCCUUCUCUACCGCACCCGUCCUCUCGAUUGCCCUCGAGAGGGGUUGGAGCGAGUCAGCAAGUCCUAACGUAAGGCGUCCCCCCGCCCUCAUCCUCACUUUCUCACAGUUGGAAGAAAGGCUCAAAAACGGCUACAAGUUGACAACCCAAGGCAAAUUCUCGGACGCCCUCCGGACUUUCCAGGGGGGAAUCCUCCACGCAAUUCCCCUUAUAGUGGUGGAGUCACGCCGAGAGGUGGACGAAGUCAAGGAACUGAUAACCAUAGUUAAGGAAUACGUUCUGGCGUUGAAGAUGGAGAUGAAGAGGAAGGAGAUGAGGGACGACCCGGUCCGGCAGCAGGAGCUGGCGGCGUACUUCACCCACUGCAACCUUCAGGUCCCACACUUGCGGCUCGCCCUGCAAAACGCGAUGACCGUUUGUUACAAAGCGGGGAACAUGGUCACGGCGUCCAACUUCGCGCGGCGCCUCUUGGAGACGAGCCCCACCAACGAGGCCCAGGGCAAGUUGGCGCGGCAAGUCAUACAGGCCGCGGAGAAGAACAUGAGAGACGUCUCGCAGCUGAAUUACGACUUCAGGAAUCCCUUCGUCACAUGUGGGGCCACUUUCGUCCCGAUUUACCGUGGGCAAAAAGACGUCGCCUGCCCUUUCUGUUCUGCCCGUUUCGUCCCCGCCCAAGAGGGGACGCUUUGCGCUGUUUGUGAUCUUGCGGUGGUCGGAGCGGAUGCUUCUGGUUUGCUUUGUUCUCCAGCACAGACCAGAUAAGUAGUAGUCAUCUUCAUCCAUAUCUAUCUGCAUUUUAUACGUAGGAUGAGUUUUCUUUUGUCUUCUAAAAUGGUGGUCGGAUUGUAUUGUUGGUUUAUAUUUGUUGUGAUUUGGGUGCAGUUGUUGGGGGUUUUACGAACAAUUUUUUUUUUUACCCUUUUUGGUGUUUUAUCAUUUACAAGCACAUUCUUCAUCACUGUAAUAAAGAUUGUAAUUUUUUUUACGGGUGGGGGUGUGGUAAAAUGACCAUACAAUGUUCAAAGGUUUCAGAAAUUUU